AUGGAAGCAGCUGCAAGCAUAGUUUUAUCUCCUGCUUUGCAAGUGCUGUUUGACAGACUAGCGUCCCCGCUCCUCGAAAGGACUGCUGAUAUUUUCGGUUUCAAGGACAACCUCCGCAGCCUCCGACAUGCGUUGUCAAGGGCUCAAGCUACCCUUGAGGAUGCAGAAGAGCAACAAUUCACCAGCAAAGCCAUUAGACUUUGGCUGUCUGACCUCAAGAAUGCAGCCAUGGAUGCACAGGAUCUUCUAGAGUUCUUCAUUGCUCAUGAAACUUUGGAGAAAGAGACCGGCAAGGAUGUUCCUCAGGUUUUGCUUACUGCUUCUAAUCAUCCGGACAAUGUCAGAAAGGUUCUUCAGACUUUAGAACUGAGUCUAUCAGAGCGAUUUCCACUGUUGAGUGUUAGAGAUCCUACCCUGCCUCGUAUGGCCGAUCGAAGAUGUGAUAACAGGGAGACUAGUUCCUUUUUUGUGGACUCGAAGAUAUAUGGAAGAGAUGAUGACAAAGACAGGUUAGUCCAACUCUUGCUAUCUUCUGCUGCAACCAGUCAAGUGAGUCAACAGGGAUAUGGAUGUGUUGCAGAGUGCAUUCCAAUAAUCGGUAUUGGAGGAAUUGGUAAGACCACUCUUGCUCAACUGACAUAUAACGAUAAGAGCAUAAUCCAACACUUCGAUCUUAGGGUGUGGAUUUCUGUCUCUACAGUCUUCAGUAUGAAACAUAUACUGCAGACCAUUAUUGCUUCUGCAACAAAGGAUGAGGGCAAGCUUUCAAAGAUCCUGUCGAUGGCAAAAUUUUCUAUCGACUGGAUGAUUUAUGACCUUGAAGAGUUGCUUUAUGAAUCUUUACACAACAAAAGGUAUUUGAUCGUAUUAGAUGAUGUCUGGACUGAAGACCAAGAUGACUGGGACAAAUUAAGACCUUUGUUUACAGCGGGUCUGGAUGGAUGCAAAAUCAUUGUCACCACCCGCAGUAAGAAAAUCCCAUUCAUGAUGAACUUCCCAAAUUACCAAUAUCAUUUGAAGGGUAUGGCAGAUGAUGAUUGCUGGGCUCUGUUCAAACACCGGGCAUUUGGAUUAGGCGAAGAAGUCAAGUAUCCAAACCUUGUGCUGAUUGCAAAGCAGAUUGUUAAAAAAUGUGGAGGUGUACCUUUAGCAGCAAAAAGUUUGGGAAGUGCAAUGCGCUUGAAGAGACAGGAAAGGCAGUGGUUGUUCAUGCGAGAUUGCGAACUCUGGAAAUUAGAUGCAAGCCAGCAUAAAGUUCUACCUGCUCUCAUGCUGAGUUAUCAUCAUCUACCAUCUCAUCUUCGACAAUGUUUUGAAUUCUGCUCAAUGUUUCCCAAAAAUUAUGAGUUCAAGAAGCAGCAAUUAAUUCAUCUAUGGAUGGCAGGAGGCUUAAUACUACAAGAAGGAAACAAGCGACCAGAAGACAUUGGAGAUGAGUACUUUGAUGAUUUGUUGUGGAUGUCUUUCUUUGAAGAAGCAGAGCAAUGUGAUUGUGGCAGCACAGCAAUUGCAUACAAAAUGAUUGACAUCAUUCAUGAUCUUGCACGAUACGUUGCAGGUAAAGAAUAUGUGAUCCUUGAACAUGGUCUUUCACUACAUAGUCCAACACAAAUUCGCCACUCAUCUCUUGUUCCUAAAGGGGAAAUCACAAUUCCAGAAGCUCUGUAUGAAGCUGAACAUUUGCGGUCUCUCUUAGUCAUUGGAGGUUUUGGCACAGUCAACAACCAAAGCAAAUUAUUUUCAAGUUUUGUAUACUUGCGUAUGCUAGACUUGAAGAGGUGUGAUAUAGAUGAUUUGCCAAGAUCACUGGGUGGCUUGAUAUGUUUGAGGUAUCUUGACAUGUCUUACACACGCAUCUCCAUGUUACCUCAAAGCACAAGUAAUCUCUGUCUUUUGCAGACUUUAAACCUUGUUGGUUGUGGUCACCUUAAAGCGUUACCCUUUUUGGGAAAUAUGAUCAACAUGAGACAUCUCAAUAUAACCGGAUGUAAUCGUUUGAAUGAGAUGCCUUUUGGUAUUCAAAGAUUACUUCAACUUCAGUUAUUGCCAUUGUGUGUUGUCAGCAGGAACCAAAGGGCGCUCACUAUGCUUGAACAUUUGAAUCUUUAUGGCGAGUUGAAUAUCACCUACUUGGAGAACACAAGCUCUCCAGAUGAAGCACAAUCAGCUCGAUUGAAUAUGAAGGAAAAUCUUGAGUCGGUAGGAUUACAUUGGGGAUCCCAACCUCUGGAUCAAUCAUUUCCGAGACUAUUAGGUAAAUCCCGACGUGAUGUAGUCAUCUCCAGCUCUCAAGUAGCGCCACAGCUGUGUAAACGUGUGGAAGAAGUUCUUGACGGUCUGCAGCCACACAAUAAUCUGAAAAAGCUAGUUAUAAAUGGCUAUCCGGGAAUUAGAUUUGCUGAUUGGGCUCUCCCAAAAAUGCUGAUUACAGUUGAUUUGAUCAACUGUACAAAUUGUCAACAUCUUCCAGCCCUUGGGAAUCUUCCGCUGCUCAAGACACUCUAUAUGCAUGGAAUGGAGGGCGUCAAGUGCAUUGGUACAGAGUUCUAUGGUGACGGUACUGACGUAAGGUUUCCAUCUCUGGAAGAACUAUCUCUCAGUCAUUUUCCAAAUUUGGAACAAUGGUCAUGUGCAGAUGAUGGAAAUGCAUUUCCUCAUUUGAGCAAGUUAACAGUUAGAAGCUGCCCCAAGUUACAACAGAUAUCAUUACCUCAGUCUCUUCAACAUUUGGAGCUACGGGAUUGCAAUCCAACAUUGAUGUGCAUAGAACAUUUAACUUUGCUUUCUGUGCUUGUAAUUGAAAAAAUUCCAGAGCUAACCUCUCUCCCAGAAGGGCUUUUUGUAUCAGCUCGUCUGUUUUCUCUGGAGAUCUUGUCAUGUCCUAAGCUUCGUUCACUGCCUUUGAAGAUGGGAAACCUUACUGCUCUGAAAUCAUUGACCAUUCGAUGGUGUGAAGAGCUAUCCACCCUACCCCAGAGUAUAGAGGACCUCAAAGCUCUGGAGUCACUGGAGAUUAUUAACUGUAAUAAUAUAAUCUCCAUGCCGGAUGGUGGAAUUGCAGGUCUGAGUUCCCUUCGAACUUUGUCUAUUGAAAACUGCAAUAAUCUGAUUUCUUUGUCAUCGAGUUUGGAGAAUCUCACAUUCCUUGAGCACUUGGUCAUUAUGUAUUGUCCAAAUCUUACUUCUUUCCCAGAGGGCACGGGCGCGCAACCUCUCUCUGCCCUACGAAGUUUGACUAUCUUGGGUUGUCCUUGGUUUGAUUCUCUACCAAAUGAAUUGCAAAAUCUCAGGACGCUACAAUGCCUGGAAAUUGGUGGCUGCCCCAAUCUAACUGCUUUGCCAGACUGGUUUGAGAAACUGGAUUCUCUCCGAUCCUUGACCAUUUGCGAUUGUCCCAAUUUAAUGGUACUGCCGCCCUGUCUAACGCUUCUCACUAAACUCCAGCAUCUCUCCAUUCAAGAUUGUCCUCAGCUCGAAGAAAGAUGUUAUGGUGAGGAUCGGUCCAAAAUAGCCCAUAUCCCGCAUCAAUACAUUGGUUCAAGUCAGGUGACUCCGGUCGAGCCGUUCAUCAUCCAAGAUACAAUCACAUCAUUCGGGGUCUUUCAGAGAUUAUAA